GAGGUGAAUCCCGCCACGUGGGCUGGUCGACGAGUAAUAUAGGUGGUGCUCUAUAAAAGAAAGACCACAGCAGCGGUCCGUUCACCUUGCUCCCAUUGAGUCAGGAUGAAACUCAUUGCUGUCUUUGGACUUUGGGUCACUCUGCUCUGCCGGGCACAUAGUAACUCUCUUGACUCAUGUCAGAGUCGCUGUGGCUUCGGAACUGACAGUGAUUUCUCCUGUCAAUGUAAUCCAUCCUGCGAACGCUUCAAAGACUGCUGUUCAGACUAUGAAGAACUUUGUAAAGUUGGAUCCACUUCAUGCAAAGGCAGAUGCAAUGAGAAAUAUAACUCCCAAAAUAAGUGCCACUGCAACUCAAAGUGCACGCAGUACAACAACUGCUGCAGCGACUAUGCAGACGUAUGCAACGGUGGCGAAAGUGGCGGUGGUUCCGUGAUCACCGAUGCUGACAUCAAGUCUGUCUCUGAAGCACUUUACGCUCUGGAUUCCAACCGGGCUUCGGCCUCCCACUUGGAGAUUGACCCCCAGGUUUUGAUCUCAGGAUCUCAGACCGGGUCCCAGGAAGAUCUUUCCUCUCGCCGGUUUUUCCGCUUUGUGGAUGAGGGGGCUUUGUUCUCCAGGCCCACCUAUGAGGCUCUCCUGGCUCUAUUGGACAACUAUAACAGGAUGACCGGACAAACGGAGGACGUUAGCUCCCAGGAGAAGGCCGAGCAGGACAUCUUCCUCAGGGAGACCAUGUCCAACACUGAGCUGGGCCGAGAACUCUUUGCCUUCUUGUACACCAAGGGAGUCUACACGUCAGAGGAAGAGUUCAUCUACGACCUGAAGAUGAUGUGGUUUGGCCUGUACUCUCGAAACAAUGGAAAGAUGGAUUCCAGUGGUUUUGAGCACAUUUUUGCAGGUGAGAUCAAGGGCGGGAAAGUGUCAGGCUUCCACAACUGGAUCCAGUUUUACCUUCUUGAGAAAAGAGGGCUUCUCAACUACUACAGCCACAGUUUCGACGGGCCUUGGACGACCUUCCCGGACGUGCUGGGAAUGCAGUUCAAGUGGGACGGUUACUUCAAGCAGGUGGGCUCUGCAGUCAUCGGCUGCAGCCCCGAAUUUGACUUUGCCAUUUACAGCCUCUGUUACAUCGCCAGACCCGGAAAACAAUGCCGUUUGAGUCUGGGCGGCGAGGAGCUGAUCAUCCAAACAUACACAUGGAAUAACUCUUACUAUGGCGAUGGGAAGAAAUAUAUCGGCACCGCUUAUCCCGCAACACCCAGGACCUGAAGAACCCAUGCGGGAGUCGACAGUUCUCCAUGUUGUGACACUCCUGCACAAACAACACACAUGGACUGAUGGAGGAUACUGAGGAAACACGUUUAAAGAUUUGACUAAAAAAUGCGUCAAUAAAGCAAUUCCGAUGUGA